GGGCUGUUCUGGCUCCGUGACGCGGCGCCGAACGGAGCGGGCGGAGCAGGCGGGCCGGGGCGGAGCGGAGUCGUCCGCAGAGCAGCCCCUUCCGGCCGCGGCCGCCGACCCCGGCCCCCGGCCCCGCCUGGCUCUAUGGACAGGAGCUCGCUGCUGCAGCUUAUCCAGGAGCAGCAGCUGGACCCUGAGCACACAGGUUUCAUCGGUGCGGACACCUUCACCGGCCUGGUGCACAGCCAUGAGCUGCCCCUGGACCCGGCCAAGUUGGACAUGCUGGUGGCCUUGGCCCAGAGCAACGAGCGGGGCCAGGUCUGCUACCAGGAGCUGGUGGACCUGAUCAGCAGCAAACGCUCAAGCAGCUUUAAGCGGGCCAUCGCCAACGGACAGAGGGCACUGCCCCGGGACGGGCUGCUGGACGAGCCAGGCCUGGGUGUCUACAAGCGGUUUGUGCGCUAUGUUGCCUACGAGAUCCUGCCCCGAGAGGUAGACCGCCACUGGUACUUUUACCGGCACCGCAGCUGUCCACCCCCCGUGUUUAUGGCCUCAGUCACUCUCGCCCAGAUCAUCGUGUUCCUGUGCUACGGGGCUCGACUCAACAAGUGGGUGCUGCAGACCUACCACCCUGAAUACAUGAAGAGCCCCCUCGUGUACCACCCUGGCCACCGUGCUCGAGCCUGGCGCUUCCUCACCUAUAUGUUCAUGCACGUUGGCCUGGAGCAACUAGGGUUCAAUGCGCUCCUGCAGCUGAUGAUUGGGGUGCCCUUGGAGAUGGUGCAUGGUCUGCUCCGCAUCAGCCUGCUGUACCUGGCCGGUGUGCUGGCAGGCUCCCUGACUGUCUCCAUUACCGACAUGCGGGCCCCUGUGGUGGGGGGCUCUGGUGGGGUCUACGCCCUGUGCUCGGCACACCUGGCCAACGUCGUCAUGAACUGGGCUGGGAUGAGGUGUCCCUACAAGCUGCUGAGGAUGGUGCUGGCCUUGGUGUGCACUAUGAGGAACGCCUGCGGGACCAGUGUGGCUGGUGGGUGGUGCUGCUUGCCUAUGGCACUUUCCUGCUCUUUGCCAUCUUCUGGAACGUCUUCGCCUACGACCUGCUGGGCGCCCACAUCCCUCCACCACCCUGAUGGCCUCUCCAGGGCCAUAUGGGCCAGGGCACAGGUGUAUGCGGGCUGGGCACCAGGCGAGCCUGCAUGUCCGCCCUCUGUGAAUGUACAUCUCAAGACUGCUUCUCCUCCGUGGGGACAGGUGGCCCCUGUAACCCACUGAGUCCAGGCCAAGCCUUACAUCAGCCCUGGCCACCCCCUCCCAGGCCUGGGGAGGUAGGACUGCCUGGCCAGGCAGUGGAGCUCCCCAAGUGUGGCCCCAGAGGAGACCCAGCCCUGGCCUCUCCCCCGAAUUUGCGGUCUGAGCCUUUUUGGAGAAUGAAUAAAUAUUUUACACAGCAGGUGGCUGUACCCGGGCUCUGGGGACUGGCCUGGCCUCCGUCCCACUCACGGAGCAGACCCUAGGGGCCCUUCCCUCCAUGAGCUCCCCCCUUGCUGCUCUGCACGGUCCGAGGAGUGUGUGUGUGAGAUGGGCGUGGGGAGGAGCUGUGGUCCUCACAGUCAGCUGGGAGUUCAGCAAGCAUUUAUUGAGCUCCAGCAGCACCCAGCCUCCUGCUGGGGCAGCCCGCCCUCCGGAGAAACCUGCCGCCUGAGGCCCGCGCCACAGCCAAGUUCAGGCAGCCUGCCUUGUGCAUUUCUCAGCCGGCGCAGUGUCCUCGGUAAUGGCCGCGCUGGGGCCGUGGUCGGGCAGCAGGUCGGGGCACAGCUUCUCCCCCACAGCCCAUGUCCAUGCUGCUGUCUCCACAUGGUGAGGGGUCCACCGCCCCGAGGGACUGCCUCGGGAGGGGCAGAGGGAGGCUGAGGCCCGGGGCCGCCGGCCACGAGAUCCUCCUGUACGGCGCGGCAUACUGCACCCGGCCUGCCAGCGGGCCCUCACCUCUGCCGGAGAGUACGCGGCCGCUGCGCGCUGGGGCACGAAGGCGCCGCCCGCGGAGCCCCUGCAGCCAGGACUCGUGUCCCACCAGGGUCCGAACAAGCUCCCAGGGACCUCCGGUGUCACGGACGUGGCCAUGGGCCCGCUUCACAGGCAAGGUCACUAACCGGCCAGGUCCGGCCCGCUAGCCCACGACCCCGCGGGGCGCCCGGCUCUGCCGGCCAAGCCGGGCCGGGGGUGGGUUGGGGGGUCGCGGGUGGUGGACCUCACCACGCGGAGCCGCCCCGCGAGGAAGCUCCGCCCGCGCCGCCAGGCCCCGCCCCUCGCGGGGGAAGCCCUCACCGCCAGCUUCCACGCCCGCGGCCGCUCCAGCUCGGUUCGUGUCACGUGUUUCUGCGCUCGGCCCUCGGUGGCCGCCGGCGCUCCUCUCGGUCCCUGGGGAGGGGCGGUCUUCGCCCUGCUGACGGCCCCUCCCCCGCUCUACCAUCGGUCCAGGGCUUCCAGCCGCCCCUGGCGGUCCGCGCGCGCCCACAGCACCUCCCCGUGCGGCGCCCGGACGGCGACCCCACGGCCCGCGG